AUGAUAUCAGCUUGCCUGGAUGUUGUGCACUGUUCUCGCUCAGAGCCUGAAGUUUUUCACUUCGCGUUCAGGAUCUUAUAUCUAAUGACAAAAACCCGAGGUUACAAGGCCAUUAUCCGUUUGAUGCCACAUACGGUUGAUGAUAUUGAACCAACUUUGAGUCUUCUCAUGGAGCAAGAUAUAAAUGAUUCAAAGAACUGGGAGACGCGCUAUGUUCUUAUCCUUUGGUUAUCAAUCUUGGUAAUGGUCCCAUUCAACUUGGGAAAUCUUGACAGUUUUGGAAAAAAACCUAUAAUUGAGCGUGUAAUUGAUUUAGCCAAGCUCUACCUUUUUCAGGAUGAGCGUACUCAAGAAGCAGCUGCUUUCCUUCUUGCGCAUACUGUUACCCGGCCAGAUGCACUUCAUGCCCAGCUACCAUCAGUAAUUUCGUUUGCAAUUAAAAAUCUAGGCUUUACUGAUGUUAUCAACGUACAAGACGAAAAGCGAGUGUGCGGCACCCUCAGAAGUAUAGCUAAUAUAUGUAAACUCGGAAGCCGCGCUGAAUUGUUACCUUAUGCGAGUGAUCUUUUGGGUGCAGUACUUCAGUUGCCUGGAGAUUCUUCUAAGGGGAUUCUUCUAUGUCGUCUUGAAACGAAAGUUUUACAACGAAUUUGUUUGUUAUUUUGCCCACCAAUAAAUACAACAUGGCAGUACCAACGAGGAUGUCGAUCACUACAAGACAACUUAGAAUCUCUUUUGAUGAAUCAUGACAACAAAGAUUCUUUAGUCUCUGCAAAAGUUGCUGAUCAUUCGUUAUACACAGGUUUUCAAAAUAAUAUCUCAAGUGAUAUUUCUGGGGAUUGUUCAUUAACUAUGAACUAUGAAUUGUCCAACACAGACGAAGUUGCAGAAGUUAUUGAUAAACUAAUAAGCGCUUUACGCAGUCAGUUUACUGGGGUUCGUUGGUCUGCUGCCAAAGGGAUUGGACGUAUUUGUUCUCGUCUUUCCAGUUCAAUGGUAAAUGAUGUUCUAUCGGCUGUAUUGUCCUUGUGUACGAAACUCGAACCAUAUACUGCAUGGCAUGGAGCUUGCCUUGCUUUGGCUGAACUUGGCCGUCGCAGUCUUCUUUUACCAUCUAAAUUACCAGAAGUAAUCCCGGUAGUUUUACGAGCUCUGUUUUAUGAUGAGCGGUCUGGUGAUCAUAAUUAUGGAUCAAAUGUUCGAGAUGCUGGGUGUUAUGUGUGUUGGGCAUUCGCAAGGACAUAUCAUCCUAAGGAUUUCGUGGAUUAUGUCGUUCCUAUUGCAAGCUCUCUAGUCUUGGUUAGCCUAUUCGACCGAGAGGUUAGUGUACGUCGAGCAGCGUCUGCUGCAUUUCAAGAGAAUGUGGGUAGACAGGGUCAUUUUCCACAUGGAAUUGAAGUCCUCACUACAUGUGAUUAUUUCAGUGUGGGAAAUCGUGCUCACUGUUACCUUCAGUUGAGUGUGUCUGUAGCUAAAUUUAAAGAAUAUGUAGAACCUAUGAUUGGUCAUUUGGUCAAUGUUCGUCUUGGACAUUGGGAUGAUUCAAUCAGAUAUCUGGCUGCUUGUGCUUUAGGCAAACUAUACAUAGCUGAUCCUGAUUACAUGAUGGAAGUUGUCUUGCCUCAGAUCAUCAAUGGUUCAAUUAAAUCUACUCUACACAAUCAACAAGGGUGUAUAUUUGGAACAGGUGAAUUGUUAUGUGCAUCAUCCAGUUAUGUUAUAAAUGAGGAAAAUCUACUCAAGAUUAAGGAAAUUGUUCCAGCACUUAAAAGAGCGAACAAAUUUCGUGGUCUAAGUGGUGAAUUAAUUCGAAAGGCAACUGCUCAUUUUAUUCAGAAGUGUGCAAUGGCCAGAUUACCGUUUCAUGAUGAUCCAAUUAUUGAAGUUUGGCGUGAAUUCUUGGAUGAUUGUGUCGGACAUAAAAAUCCUGAAGUACAGAAAGCUACUGUGAAUGCAUAUCCUCACUUUUUAUCAACUUAUUUGUACAACCGAAAUGGUGAACUGAAAUUAGGCUAUAAAGAUUUAUUAUACAGGAAUUUUUUACUUCAUUUAAAUACUAAUUCUGAAUCGGAACUUUCCGGUUAUUUACAAAUUAUUGGUGCAGCUCCGAGUAGUUUGUAUUGUGGACAUGUUGCUGAUUUACUGGAUACUGUCACUAGUGCUUGUAAAUCGACUUCAAAGACAAAAUUCUGGGUUGAUUCUCGCGGAUCCGCAUUAAAAGCUCUUGUUGAGAUCAUAAAAAGUCUUGGGGCUCAUCACUCGGAAUUAAAUGUUACCCUUUUGAAAUCUACUUGUUAUAUUUUACUCCAAUCUAUAUCCGAUUAUACAAUGGAUUCACGUGGGGAUGUAGGUUCUCUUGUUCGCGAAGUUGGAAUGAAAUGUUUGGACUCAUAUAUUGAGUUUCUUGUAAAUAAUCAAUACAAAGAGCUUAUUACAUCAGACAUCACUUCAGCUUUAAGUGCAUAUUUUCUUGAUCAUGAAUCAGAUCAGCUGUUUAUUGUGGAAGUGUUAAAGAUUGUUGAACAGAUUCUGCAAUCGUUUCGACAAGAAGAGAGGAUUGUUAUUCCUCUUUUUAAAUUUUUGGACUUUUUACUGAAUGAUCCGAUUGUCAACUCAACAGUUGAUCCAAACAGUCCAAUUCUUUUACAAUUAACGGAAAGUGUAUGGAAUGAAACCAAACUAAAUAAAGAUGUACAACGUAUUAAAGCUGCUAUCGAUGUAUUUGGUGGGAUGUUACAAUUCACUGGGCCUGUUCGAAAGCGAUCUCUAUCGUUAAUGAUGGUCAUGUUGGGAUCUCGUUACCAAAUUAUUCGUAAGACAGCCGCAACAGAAUUGUAUGAAGGUUUACUGGUUUAUGAGUUAUGUUCAUCUGAGUUAUUAGAUCAAGUAUCAUCCAUACUUACUGAAACCAUCUGGGAAGGUGAUAUUGAAGUAGUCAGACCAAUUCGUACUCAACUUUGUGAAUUAUUUCAAGUUCCUGUACCAAGAAUAACGAGUAAUACUCAGAACCAUACAUCACCAGCUUGA